GCAAGUGUUGUUGUGGACGGGUCUACGCCGGUCCCUGGGUGACAGGGCAGGAUGGAGGCCGCUCUACUGAAGUAUGAAAGUCAGGCCAUCCUUCCAGAGUGCCUUGAUCUGGAAGAACUUCCUGAUACCGAUGAGCCGGUUUAUGUCUUGGGAAAGCAAUAUGAUGUCAAAACAGAGAAAUGUGACCUGCUAUCUGACACCGCCUCUCGCCUGUGGUUCACGUACAGAAAGAAAUUCUCUCCUAUUGGAGGUACAGGCCCCUCGUCGGAUGCAGGCUGGGGGUGUAUGCUGAGAUGCGGACAGAUGAUGUUGGCUCAGGCUUUAAUCUGCCGGCACCUAGGCAGGGAUUGGCGGUGGAAGAAAGACAAAAAGCAGCCAGAAGAAUAUCACCAAAUUCUGCAUUAUUUCCUAGAUAGGAAAGAUUGUUGCUAUUCCAUUCACCAGAUGGCACAGAUGGGAGUAGGAGAAGGGAAGUCCAUAGGAGAAUGGUUUGGACCAAACACAGUGGCUCAGGUUUUAAAGAAACUCGCAUUAUUUGACGAGUGGAAUUCGUUAGCUGUAUACGUAUCAAUGGACAACACCGUCGUUAUUGAGGAUAUCAAGAAGAUGUGCAGGUAUCAGCCUCAGAGCUGCAGCUGGACACAGUUCGGCUCUUAUUCACACCAAAGUGCUUGGAGCGGCUGCCGAGACCCAGCGGAGCAAUCCUCGGGGUGGAGGCCGCUGCUGCUUAUCGUACCUCUCCGCCUAGGAAUCAACCACAUCAACCCUGUUUAUGUUGAUGCGUUUAAAGAGUGUUUUAAAAUGCCACAAUCAUUAGGAGCUUUAGGCGGAAAACCAAAUAAUGCCUAUUAUUUCAUAGGCUUUUCAGGGGACGAGUUGAUCUACCUGGACCCUCACACCACACAGACGGCUGUGGACACAGAAGAAGCCGGACCGGUGCAGGACCAUACCUACCACUGCCAAAAGAGUCCGAACAGGAUGGAAAUCCUUAGCUUAGACCCAUCGGUGGCAUUAGGCUUCUUUUGUAAAGAAGAAAAGGAUUUUGAAGACUGGUGCGAUGUUAUAGAAAAGGAAAUCCUUAAGAAGCAGAGUCUACGGAUGUUUGAAUUGGCACCAAAGCACCCGCCUCACUGGCCUCCAUUUAUACCCCCAACAAAACCAGAGGUUACCACUACAGGUGCAGAACUCAUUGAAUCUACUGAUAAACUGUUUGAUGUAGAGGAAGAGUUUGAGAUCCUCACUGUGUGAAUAUGUCUCUGUCUGUCGUGAAUUGGUACCUUACCUUAGCAAAGCUUUGAUAACCAGAAAGUGCCUCGAACACGGAGAACAGAGCACAACGGAAACGAAUGAACUCUGGAACGAACGUCCAGGAAUGACACACGUACUCCUCUUCAUGCCAUGUGUUUCUGUCUCUUUAGAGACCAUACACAGCGCAAAAGUGUUUACAGUUUGUCUACACGUGUCCUGGAAUGGUUUAUGGAAAACAUUUGGGGACACACUUGUAUUUAUUUAUGCAGUAUGUAGUAGCAGAAGAGGGGGUUCAAUCCUCUUAUCGCAAUAUUCUUCAACUAACCUAUACAUUUUUUAUUGUUUUUAACACUUUUAAUGCUGGAAAUAUUGGACCUUUUUUCUUGCAAGAUUUGUAAAGUAUAUUUAUGUGGAAUAUAUAAAUACCCAUCUUUAGGAGGGAACCAUUGAAAGUGUCCUUUCCUUUAAGGAUGUGCUCACGUAUUCAUUCACCUAAUGUCUGCCACUCUGUAUUGGAUCCGAAUGCAACUAUUUGACAGAAAAGUGUCAAUGCUCAUUACUAUUGUUCUUUUUUUAUAAGAUCAUCUGUUUGUCAGCUUUAUAGUUCUGACAAUCACUAAUUUCACUUGUGCCAAGUGGUUUACACUUAUUAAAAACAAUAUGAUCACUUUGUGGCUGAAAAAAAGGAACCCAUUAAAGUUCACCUGCUUUCUUUUCUUGGUUCUUA